AUGUUCCAGCUGUCAGCCACCCCAGCAAGUGCCCUUGCAGAUGAUCCAGUGCAUAUCCAAUUAACAGGCUUGCCCCCAUCCCAGGUGGUGACUCUGAAGGCCUCGCUGAAGGAUGAGAAGAGGAAUCUGUUCUGGUCCCUGGCCUUCUGCAGGGCUAAUGAGGCUGGUGAGGUGGAUCUGGAGCAGGCUCCCGCAUUUGGAGGUGACUACAUGGGGGUACAUCCAAUGGACCUCUUUUGGUCUCUGAAGCCUGAGAAGCCUUUCCGGAGGCUGCUCAAACAUGAUGUGAUGAACAGCCCCUUUUGGCCCAAGGCCAGCCAGACUGUGCAGCCCUGUUUCUCAGGCCCUGGGGUGCAGAGGAAGCAGAUCAGAGAAGGUUGAGUGCGAGGAGCCCUUUUUCUCCCUCCAGGGGAAGGCCCUUUCCCAGGAGUCAUCGAUUUGUUUGGGGGCAUUGGGGGCCUAAUAGAAUUUCCGGCCAGUCUUUUGGCUUCCCAUGGUUUUGCAGUGCCGGCAUUAGCAUAUUUUGCCUAGGAAGACUUGCCUGACAAACUGCAGGAGGUGGACUUGUAAUAUUUUGAGACCAGGCGCGGUGGCUCAAGCCUAUCAAAAUGUUCAAAUGUCAGCCAUGUCUUAUGGAUCAACUUAAUAAUGUUCCAAAGGCCAGGAAUUGGAGUGAUCUCCGUGUGCAAAGGUGCCGAGAUUGGCUUGGCUAUGGCCUGCUACCUGAAGCAGGUGGUGGCUACUGUCUGCAUUAACGGGCCCAAUACCAGCUUUGAAGUUCCACUCAGAUAUGAGGAUCUGAUUGUGACACCCAUCAGCUCAGCUCAGCUCAGGAGAGCCUGCAGGUCCACGUCUCUGAAGCUGUGCGCUUCCGCCCUUGUAAGGGAGACCCCCGAGAUGAGCUCCAUCAGCAGAAUGUGCUUCCUGUUGAAAAGGUUAGGGGAUGGAUUCUUUUCAUCAUCGGAGAGAGUGACGAAUGCCUGGAUAGCAAAGCGUGCGCUGAGUAGGCUGUAG